CUUUGUGUGUUCCUUUAAGAGCCGCUAGCUAGCGCUAAAGCUAAUCGAGCUAACCGACUGAUACAGCAGCGAGUCCGCGGGCGGAUAAACCUCAGAUUCAGCGGGGAAACAGCGGCAUGGGGCGGGAUUAACACACCAAGACUCCGCUGCGGUUUAUAGGAAGGUUUUAAAGCGGCUGAAAGCGAGUUUACGGAACCCGAUGCAGUCAGCUGCAGAGACAGUGGAGAAUGCCUCCAUCCUUUCGAGCGGCUCCUCGCAGGAAGGCCAUCGCCUGUGGAUCGGCAAUAUCGACCCCAAAAUCACAGAGUAUCACCUAGUGAAGCUGCUGGAGAAGUUUGGAAAAGUGAAGCAGUUUGACUUUUUAUUUCACAAGUCGGGACCUCUAGAAGGCCAGCCCAGAGGAUACUGCUUCGUCAACUUCCACACCAAAGAGGAGGCUGAGCGAGCCAUACAGUGUCUGAAUGGAAAGCUGGCGUUAUCCAAGAAGCUGGUGGUGCGUUGGGCUCACGCACAGGUAAAGAGGUUUGAACCCUACAGAGGGGAUAAGAACCUGCCCGCCAGCCUGGAUCCAUCUUCCAGUGAAACGGAGGAGCUCCCAACAUCCCUGAGCGUGAGUGCGAAGAUCAGAGCGAUUGAAGCGAAGCUGCAGAUGAUGGAGGAGAAUGUGGAUGAGGAGUACUCGGGCCCCUCUGCGUAUCUGUAUAAUAAACCCCCGGAGAAAAGGGAGAAACGACCUCAGCCGUAUAACAAACCGUUCCGCCGGCACAGGAGAUGACCUCGCCAGGCCCCACCCACUGGCCUGGAGUCCCGCCUCUGAGAGCCGGGCCUGAACACGUUAUGUUAUGGACUUGUAUUAAAAACCUGUAUGUUUUUGGACUUUUGGGGGAUUUUGGGAAAAAGUUCAUGAAGACUUCUGAGUCCAAAAGUGUGCAGACCCUGACUCUGUCAGCAUUGAGAUCAGAGGUAUUGAUGGGGAAUUUUUCACUGGAGGUCCAGAUGCUCACACUCCUGCUGCUUCACAGCCCAACACUGAGGGCUUAAUAUAACCCUUUGAGUUUGGAGACGUUAGGCUCUUGUGUUAAGUAAUUUUAAGGAGUGUCUGUAUCAUUUUGGACAAUUUUCUUUCCAAUCGAAGACUCCUGUGACCCUGAUUGAUGAGUGUUGUGGAGAGCACCUCUCUCUGGAGUUUUUAUGUUAUAAAGGAUUGAUACCUUUUUUUUUUUUUUUUUUAAUCCCAUUUUCUCCCGUAAUGUACAAGGCCAAUUACCCAACCCACUCAUUAGGACUCGGUUCAAGACUCAGCCUUGUGCUAAUCCACAUCACCCAAUGAGUGAUGAGGGGAAAGAGAUAGCGCUAUCUACUGUACCCACCCAGAGAGAGCAAGACCAACUGUGCUCUCCCGGGGACUGGCAGCUGAUGGCAAGCUGCAUGACCAGGAUUCUAAAUUGAAUCUAUUGAUCAUAGUUGCAGGUUUCUAAUGGUUCUCUCUUUUUUUCCCUUUUAAAUAAAUUAAUGUGAGCCUUUCUUUUAUUUUGUUUUUGAAAUUUUGUACAUUUUUGUAAAAAGUGUUUUUUUUUUAUUCUCUUAAGUUAAAAAAAACAAACAAAAACAUUCAUUUAUUUCCCUAAAAUUGAUUAUUAUUAUGUUAACACUGAAAGAACCCCAUUCAAUCAGUGAGCGUGCUGUUUCUUACCACUUACACUUAGGUCCGAAACUUUACUUUACACAAGGACGAGAACACCAGUGCUAGCACAAAAAAUAAAAGAUCACCUAAAAAUGAUGACUUUCUUUGAUUUUACUAAAUUGAAAACCUCUGGAAUAUAAUCAUGAGGAAGAUGGAUGAUCACAAGCAAUUAAACCAAAUUUAACUGCUUGAAUUUUUGCACCAGGAGUAAAGCAGCAUAAAGUUAUCCAAAAGCAGUGUGUGACUGGUGGAGGAGAACAUGCCAAGAUAAUACGAUAAUAUGAUACGGCACACCCCUAAGAUAUUUGUUGUCAGAUUUGUAACUGAAGUCAAUGACCCAGAAUGUCAUGAUACUAAUAAUAAAUGCACUCGAAAUAUCUCCAUAUAUCCAGGAUUAAAGUAAAAUAAAUAAUACUGGACAGAUAUAAUCUGUCUCAAGUAUUGUAUAAUGGUAAAUGAGAACAGUGCAAUUUUUUCUUACUUACUUUUGAUAAAAACAGUAGAAAAAAGUAGAACCAUGAUGUGAUAAUUAGGAGUGGGUGAUAUGGCACCAUAUUUCAGGGUAUAAUAUCGGUCACCACAUUCAAAAAUGUUGGCGAUAUAAUUGCGUAAGAUACGAUACGGCCCCAUUUUAUCGAAAAUAAGCCUGCUGUGGUACAGUACAACUUGGUCCUUACUGUAGCGCCCCCUUGUGGCCAUGCUCAGAAUGCAUUUAAGUUUGCAUUAUGUUAUAAAAUUCGUUCUUAUCCUUGUGUAAAGUGCAUUUCAGGCUCUAACCUCGUUAACCUAAUACUUUGUAUUAUAAUCCAGAAUUGCCUGCAGAUGUGUUGUAUCGUUUUGUAUUGUGAAAAGAUGAACAGUAAUGAUUUGUAAUCGUGCUGCAGUGAAAUGUAAGGAUUUCCCCCUUUUCCCAGUUUAGAUAAUAGGUAUAUUUUGUAUAGACAGAGCACAAAAUAUGGCACAAGAUUAUGAACUUUAUUACAGUAAUCUGUCCGUGUCUUAUUACAGCUUGCCUUGUAGCAUCACCCACUAUUAAAAAGGGCUUCAUUUGUGUGA